UGUAGAAAAUCCCCACAAGAUACUUGGGCGAUGAAGGGCGAUGGCUGGCCCAAUUGUACAGUGCCUUCCUCUUAAUGCCAAACAGAGCAUUUUCAAUGUGAGGAGGGGAAGAUGUGUAUAUAUGUAUGUAUGUGGAUAUAUACUUGAAUGGAAGCCACUAAGAAAGGCAUUUGUGAGUUCUUUGACUGGAACUAUUUUCCACUUUGCUUACUUUCUCCUGAUUCUCUUAUGCCUUAAGGGCUUUCUUUGUUGCACUGCAUGACCCUGUCCUGUUAGGCACCCUCACAUUGUUCUGUGAUCAUGAUGUCUUGAAUGUGUUUACUCAUAUCUGUCUUAAAGGGCCAAGAUGAAUUGGAGGAUGGAGAGCAGAGAGCCUUGAGGGCCAAAAAACGAGCACUGCAGGAAUGUGAGGAGCUAUUGGAAGACCACUGCAAUGCCCUCAGUUCUUUGAAAACAGCUCAAGAAGCCGAAUUGAACAUGCUGAGGAGGAAAGUGGAUAUUGUUGUGGAUUUCUCUAAUCAAAGACAGGUGGCUGCAGAAGGGAAGCUGGAAAAUACACACUGUGAACUGAAGGCACAGAAGAGUCAACUGGCAGCUGCUGAGGAAAAUUUGAAACUGGUUACCGAAGAGAUAGACAAGUAUAAACAAGAAAUUGGAGAAAUGCAAGAUCGGCUACAGAAGGCAGAGCUCAACUUCAAACUCAAGGUCGCAGCUCAUGAGAGAAGUGCUCUAGAUAAUUGGGUGAAGGCUCGGUUUUGGGAGAGGAAGAUAGUGCAGCAGAGCAGGGAGAACACCUACAUGAAACACAG